AUGGCCAUGUCAGGAGACUUCACCUGCAGUUCACUUAUUCCAAAUUUCAACGCUUUGGGUGCUGGUACUCCUGGCGUCGUAAACUAUAAUUUUGACUUUCAACAAACCAAUCAAAUGAGUUAUGCAUCUCAGCAAUACAAUCUGCCCAUUUACCAACAGCCGAGCACCAGCCAAGUCACUACAAGUGCUGUCCAACAGGAAACUCAGCAACCUAAGUUUACUCCGAAAAUGGCUCGCACGGCAUAUACGUCCCAACAACUUUUAGAACUCGACCGAGAAUUCAGUAGAGGUAAAUAUCUUACGAGACCCCGAAGGAUUCAUCUGGCGGAGAGAUUAAAAUUAUCUGAAAGACAAAUAAAAAUCUGGUUCCAAAAUAGAAGGAUGAAAUAUAAGAAAGAAUCUGGUCGACCUGACCUGGCCUGA